AUGAGCAGAAAAGGAAUGGCAAAAUCACCGAAACAUCGUUCGUCAUCCAAUAAAAAGUCAUCCAGCAAAAGUCCGCGAAGUAAGGAUUCCAGCUUAACGAGAGGCCAACCACGGAAAACGUCACGAUCUCGCAGUCGCAGCCGCAGUACCCAGAGUACACCACGUUCACGUUCCAGCUCACGCGGUCGUGGUUCAUCAUCGAAAAAGAAGAAGGCUUCUCCAGUAGUGAAGAAAUUUGACGACUCAGCAGUCAAAAAAAUUGUCCCUUUAUACCGUAGUUCGAAAAAUGGUUCGAGUUACAAAACGGUUCCAUUUUCGGAUAAAGGCAUACGACGACGUGUUCCGACAAUGCGUUUAUUACAACCGAUGAAUGUGAAUAACUUGAAGAUGAAAGCAAUAAAGCUUAAGCAGCGUCUCGUUGCUCACUGCAAGCGGUUGUCGCAUUUCUAUAUCAUCGUGACAGUCCUUGGAUUAAUUGGUCUGGGAAUCUUCUACACUGGCUAUACCGUAGAUCAGAUGGCGAAAUAUGCUCGUAAACAUAUGGACACUAUUACAGCAUACGUGCAAAAACGCAGUUAA